AUGGCAGUGAGCAGACCUUCACUGACGGAGGAGGAUUUCUCCUGUUCUGUCUGUUGUGACAUCUUCAGGGAUCCCGUGCUCCUCGCCUGCUCACACAGCAUCUGUAAGUCCUGCCUGCACACCUUCUGGGAGCAGAGAGGAGCUCUGGAGUGCCCCAUCUGUCGGACCGUCUCUCAGAACCCCGACCCGCCCUUAAACAUCGUCUUGAAGAACAUGUGCGAGGCCAUCCUGGAGGAGAGAAGUUUCCGGGGUUCCACGGAAUCACAGGGGCUCUGCAGUGUCCACGGUGAGGACCUCACUCUCUUUUGUACAGAGGACAGAAAACCUGUAUGUGUCAAGUGUCGAGACCCCAAACUACACAACCAUCACAGCUUCAGACCUGUAGAGGAGGCAGCAGUGGACCUGAAGAGGGAGCUCAAGAUGAAACUAAAGCCAUUACAGGAGAAGCUGAGAGUCUAUGAAGAAUUCGAACAAACCUGUGAUAAUACAAUGGAGCAUGCCAAGAUCCAGGUACAGAACACGGAGAAACAGAUUAAAGAGGAGUUUGAGAAACUUCAUCAGUUUCUACGCGACGAAGAGGCGGCCAGGGUAGCUGUGCUGAGGGAGGAAGAGGAGGAGAAGACUCAGAUAAUGAAGAAAAAGAUUGAAGAAAUAAGAUCAGAGAUAUCUUCUCUGGCAGAUAUAAUUAAAUCCAUAGAAGAGAGGACAGAGGCUGAGGACCUGUCGUUCCUGUUGAGCUAUAAGGCCAUAGUGGAGAGAACCCAAUACCCACUGAGGGAUCCAGAGAUGGUUUCAGGAUCACUGAUCAAUGUGGCAAAACACCUGGGUAACCUGAAGUUCAGAGUCUGGGAGAAGAUGGAGGAGAUCACAGAAUACACUCCUGUGAUUCUGGACCCCAACACAGCUCAUCCAGAUCUGUACCUGUGUGAGAGUCUGUCCAGUGUGAAAUUCGGUGAGGAAGGCCAGCAGCUCCCUGGUAACCCAGAGAGAUUUGACGACUAUUCCAGUGUCCUGGGCUCUGAGGGCUUUGACUCAGGCUCCCACUGCUGGGACAUUGAGGUUGGAGACAACACAGCCUGGGCAGUGGGAGUCAUCACAGAGUCUGUCUAUAAGCACAGAGAGAAUCUGUCUAAGUUUGGGUUAUGGUAUGUGGGUUUCUAUAACGGCAAAUACGGCAAAGGUUAUUCCCCAGAGAUCCUCACUCUGCUGAGAGUAAACCACAGGAUCCAGAGGAUCAGAGUCCAGCUGGACUGGGAGAAAGGAAAAGUGGUCUUCACUGACUCUGGACACAACACCUGUCUACACAUAUUCAAACACAACUUCACUGAGAGAGUCUUCCCAUACUUCUACAAUCACUGCAAACUUCAUCCUCUAAAGAUUUUACCUGUAAAACCGUCCAUCUCUGUGGAGCUACACAGCUAG